AUGAAUGGCGGUAGAGCGGAUGCUUCGACGUCGACUGAAGAUGUAAAAGUUAGUAUUUUAUAUUGUUACACUUCUCCAAGAUAUUUACGCUCGAGUGUGUUCCUUGCUGGAAGACCGCUCUGCUUAUUCUACUUCACCCAUCCAUUCGGAGUGCUAUCGCCAGAACCACCUACAAUAACAACAGCACCUCCCAACAUAGCACGAACUUUCGUCAACAUGGAACCAGUUCCUCCAUUCUGGACCUCCUCGUCAUCACAGGAUUAUGACACUACAUCUACACGACCAAGUUUUGAUCUUGGAAAUGCGACAGUCCAUCGAAAUCCAAUCAGCCUGGUCCGUAAUUACGAGGUAGAUUUUCGGAGGGAUACUUUUUCUUCAUCUCUCUUUUCGAGUGAUCUUUGGUUUAGUUCGAGUGCUAGUUCUAGGAAUUGUGAAAGACGUGUGAUACCGUAUCACAGAACAUUACCACCUUUAGAAUUACCAACUCGAGAUUUGCCGAUAGAAUUUGACAGUUCUGAUGAAAUUUGGCCAAAAAAGUGCUUAAAUCGGGAAAAGUUCUCCUUACCCCCUAUAGAAUUGCCCUUGAGUUCAAUGAGUGAUGUUUUAGAAGAUAAAGUGUCUGUAUGUGAUAGUGAUUCAGUGAAGAAGUACAAACGAGUAGUUGGUGUGCGGAAACAUAAAAGAAAAUCUCGUUUAAGCAGUGUGAGGAGAAUGCUUACAUGUCUCAUGCGGCGAAACGUUAGAGUCCUCAUGGGCUACAUUCUCGACGAUUGUCCUACAAUAAACUAUUGCUGCUUCGUGGUACCUUUACGAACAGGUGUUAUCAUUAUAUCAGUUAUUGGCUUAUUGUGGGCAGCUAUACACACCUUCGGCUUCACAUCUACAGGUAUCAAUGUCUUAGAAGAUUUGGGAUUGCCCAGCUUUUUUGAAAAACCCAUGAGGUAUGUCCAUGGGGUCUUCGGUGUUCUUCUGAGUGCUGUAAAUGUUGUUCUUUUUUUUGCUGCAGUAUUCGAAAGUGAUGCUCUUUGUGAAGUUUAUAUAUGGUUUAUGGUGGUAUUUUGGGUAGUUUUAAUUUUAUCAACAUCAGCUAUUGUUUGUGGUGCGAUUACACAAGGGGUUAUAUUAUUCGCAUGUAUCUAUCUUCUAGCAAUAUUUUUCACUCAAGUACUGAUAUCAUUUUACUUCACUUUAAUUGUCGCAAAUUAUAGAAUGACACUGCCA